AUGGCGGGGAUGGAGCCCAUCUACUCGGCCACCUAUAGUGGUGUCCCCGUGUAUGAAUUCAAAAUUGCCAACGACAGUGUGAUGCGCCGGAGGGCGGAUGACUGGAUUAAUGCAACCCAUAUCCUGAAAGCGGCGGGGUUUGACAAGCCGGCAAGAACGAGAAUUCUAGAAAGGGAAGUGCAGAAGGGAGUGCAUGAGAAGGUGCAGGGCGGAUACGGCAAAUACCAGGGAACAUGGAUUCCCCUCCCAGAAGGCCGCGUGCUAGCGGAACGCAACAAUAUCCUGAGCAAACUCACCCCCAUAUUCGAUUAUGUGCCUGGAGAUCGCAGCCCCCCACCAGCUCCAAAGCAUUCAUCUGCGCCGUCCAAACCGAGAGCCCCGAGAAAAUCAGCCGCUAGUCGCGCCGCUGCAAAAUCGGAAGCUGCCUUCAAUGUCGUUCAGCCUCAACGAAGCAUGGGUCCGCCCACCCUCCCUCAUGAUCACUACGACAUGAGUGCCCAGUUUGAUGACAACGAAUCCAUCGAGCGAGCCACCAUCGAUUCAUCGUCCAUGGUGGCAGACGAAGAUAUGCUUCAAAUGUCUCAGCACGGCGGCCACUCUCGAAAGCGGAAGCGUGGGAUGAACGAGGAAACGGCCAUGUCCAUCAGCGAACAAGAACACAUAAUCUACGGCGAUCAAUUGUUGGACUAUUUUAUGACUGUUGGGGACGCUCCAGAAGCCACUCGCAUCCCGCCGCCGGAGCCACCGGCUCAAUUCCAGGUAGACCGGCCGAUCGACGAUUCGGGGAACACAGCCCUUCACUGGGCGUGCGCCAUGGGUGACCUGGAGAUCGUGCAGGAUCUCCUCCGACGAGGAGCUGAUGUCAAGGCACUGUCGGUUCACGAAGAGACCCCGCUUGUUCGCGCAGUUCUAUUUACCAACAACUACGAAAAGAGAACAUUCCCGGCCCUGUUGGACCUGCUACUAGACACUGUCUCCUUCCGGGACUGGUUCGGUGCCACACUUUUUCACCACAUCGCUGAAACAACGAGGAGCAAAGGCAAAUGGAAAAGCUCGCGGUACUACUGUGAAGUGUUGCUGGAUAAGCUUUCUCGGACAAUUUCUCAGGAUGAGAUCGAUCUGCUGUUGUCGUGUCAGGACUCCAAUGGGGACACGGCCGCGCUCGUGGCUGCGCGCAACGGUGCUUUCCGCCUGGUAAACAUGCUUCUCAUGCACUGCCCUCGAUCGGGUGAUAUGGUGAAUAAGAAAGGCGAAACGGCCUCCAGCAUCACGCAACGGUCUCAUAACCCCGAGCAUGAUAUUAUGCCUGCCCCGUCCUCGGUGACCAUGGCAAAUGAACAGUUGGACGGCGACACAGGUGGCAUUGAAGCCUCGGAUCACCCAACAAUUGCUCCGCUGCCCGAUAACUCUGUGACCUCCGACCUUCUUUCCAAGAUUGGCGCGAUCAUGGCAGAGGCGAAUAAGAAGCUGACCAUCACUUAUGGAAAUUCAAAGAUUAACCAUCAGGAUUCCGAUGAUGUCGCCAACCCGGAGGCGCUAUAUGAGCAACUGGAGUCGGAUCGCCAGAAGAUCCAGAAACAGGUUGCUGCCCUGGCGGCUAAGGAGGCCGAGUACGAGCCCAGCGAUAGCCAGGUUGGCCGGUAUGAGAAACUAAGGGCAAAUUACGAGUCUCUGCUCGAACAGCUACAACACGCGAAGCUCUCCAAACUGCUCACCACAGGGGCGCCGCGGGACUCCGAGGUUGCUUCCUCUCCCUCCCCCUCCGACCUAAUGGCCCGGUAUAAGCUAGCUCGACAGCUUUGCAAUGCGCAAAAGGCGCGCCAUGAGGCGGUUCGCGCGCUCGCACAGCAAACCGCUGAUGCGGGAGUGAGCACCAAGUUCGACGUGCACCGCAAGUUGGUCGCUCUGGCCACCGGUCUCAAGGAAGAAGAGCUGGACCCGAUGGCGGCCGAGCUGGCCGAAACCCUCGAGUUUGAUCGGCUCAACGGCAAAGGCCCGUCGCCUGAACCGGAGCGUCGACCAUUAAAGACCGAGUCGACUACACUCCCUGGCCCGAUGUCCGUGGAUGCAUGA